CGGCGGCCGCACGUGUUGGAAGCAUCAUGCCUAAGUCUAAACGCGACAAGAAGGUUUCCUUAACAAAGACUGCCAAGAAAGGCUUAGAACUCAAACAAAACCUUAUAGAAGAGCUUCGAAAAUGUGUGGACACGUACAAAUACCUUUUCAUCUUCUCUGUGGCAAACAUGAGGAACAGCAAACUAAAGGAUAUCAGAAGUGCUUGGAAGCACAGCCGGAUUUUCUUUGGCAAGAACAAAGUCAUGAUGGUGGCUUUGGGCCGAGGUCCCACUGACGAGUAUAAGGACAACCUACACCAGGUCAGCAAGAAGCUGAGGGGUGAGGUCGGUCUCUUGUUCACCAAUAGAACGAAGAAGGAAGUAAAUGAGUGGUUCAGUAAGUAUACUGAAAUGGAUUAUGCCCGAGCCGGUAACAAAGCGACUUUCACUGUCAGCCUGGAUGCAGGGCCCCUGGAGCAGUUCCCCCACUCUAUGGAGCCUCAGCUAAGGCAGCUCGGUCUGCCCACAGCCCUCAAGAAAGGUGUUGUGACCCUGCUCUCUGACUACCAGGUGUGUAAGGAAGGUGAUGUGCUGACCCCUGAGCAGGCUCGAGUCCUGAAGCUGUUUGGGUUCGAGAUGGCAGAAUUCAGAGUUAACAUCAAGUAUCUGUGGCAGGCAGAAUCAGGGAAGUUUGAGCAUCUGGGGGAGGAUGCGGAGGAGGAAGAGGACUACGACGAUGGCAGCUCCUCAAAGGAAUCAGAAGACUCAGAGGAUGAUGAUUGACUGCAGAUAGCCCAACCCAGGAGCCCCCUCUGCCAGGCGGGUUUUGCUCUGGUCCAGCCUCUCAGAGCUGCUGCCUUCCCUCUGUAAGAGAAGAGAGAUUGAUUUUGCAGGACUCUUAAGGAAAGAGGUGCAGGGCAUGCAUGACUGUUUUUAUAUAGAAUAAAGUGUUGCCAGUGGAGUGGGUGCUCUCCCUGUGGGCAGAGGGAAGAAAGUGGCUCUUUGCUGUGAGGCCUAUUGGGGCCCUAGGCUUCUACCCACUUUCUGGUUUUCAGCCUAAACCAUCCAAAGCCUGGAGGCUUAAAGGGAAUGAAGUAAAGAAGAAGGGAUGGAAUUGACUCUCCCUACCUUGCUAGCUUCCCCCUACACCUGGCCUUCUCCAGAUGUCUGUGAUAGGAAAUACCAAAGUUUGCAGUAUGGAAGGAAGAUGCAGCCUUUACAGAAGAAAGUGGCCCCUGGCACCCCUGGGAUGAAACCAGAAGCCAUAGAGAGGACAAAGGGAGGCAGGGUAUCUCGGACCCUGAGAGGAGAAGCCAGGCGCCCUCUGUUGGGUUCCAUCGUGUACAAGAACCUUUGAGUAUCAGUGGUAUGAGUUAUCCUGGACUGGACCAUAUAUAAAGAGAUGUCGUAAGACUUAAAUGUGGACCCCUGGGGAGACAGGGACCACAUCACAUUUUCCAUUAACCUCCCACAAUACUAAUUCACAUUUAUAUAGCACACUUUGAAAAUUUGCAGUCCCUCUGAGGUAGGUGUGAUGAGUAUUAUCUCUAUUUUACAGACGAGGAAACUGACUGAAGGUUCACCUGCCCACGUUCACACGGAGUAAGAAUCAAAGGCAGGAUUCCAAUCCAAGUCUCAUCCCACUGUGCCCUGCUGUUUCUCAGCUUGAGAGGCGUAGCACAUGGGAGUGCUUGCCUCCAGAGUGAUGCAGAGGCAUUUUCUGUAUUGAGGACCCCUUGGGCAGUGUCUGGUGAAGCCCAUGAAGCCUUUUUUUCCCAGUAUUUAAAAUUCCCAGGAUCACAAAGGAAGCCAACUAUUUUAAAAUAAUGUUUGUCCAAAUAUUUUCAAACAUAUUAGGAACCUC